AUGUCUGACAGGCUGCCUGGGAGCGGGGUAACUCCGAAGGGCAGAAGAAGUAAUAGGGUAAUCUAUUAUACAGUCCGACUCUUUUCCACCAGGAUGUGGUCUGCCGCGGCUCUGCUCCUCUCUGGACUCUCUGCUUUGAUCCACGUGUCGGAGCAGGGCCCUCACCAGAGGAACCUGCUGAAAAACCUGCUGAAGGAUUACAACCGGAUGGAGCGGCCGGUGGGAAAUGACUCCCACCCUCUCACUGUUUUCUUCUCCCUCAGCUUAAUCCAGAUCAUGGACGUGGAUGAAAAGAACCAGGUGCUGACCACAAACAUCUGGCUCCGGAUGAGCUGGUUUGACCACUAUCUCCAGUGGAACCAGACUGAGCAUCCUGGAGUGAAAAAUCUCCGCUUCACCACAGACCAGAUUUGGACACCAGACAUCCUGCUCUAUAACAGUGCAGAUGACGACUUUGACUCCACCUUUAAGACCAAUGUCCUGGUCAACUCCAGCGGCUAUGCAGAGUAUCUUCCUCCAGGAAUCUUCAUGAGCACAUGCAACGUGGACGUCCGCUGGUUCCCCUUUGACAUCCAGAAGUGUGAGCUGAAGUUCGGCUCCUGGACGUACGACGGAUGGCUGCUGGACCUUCAGAUGAAUGACGCCGACAUUUCGGGCUACAUGCCCAACGGAGAAUGGGACCUUGUGGGAGUGCCUGGCGCCAGGAAUGAGGCUUUCUAUGACUGUUGUAAGGAGCCGUACCCCGAUGUGACAUUUGUUGUGACUAUCCGGCGGCGAACGCUGUAUUAUGCCCUGAACCUGCUUAUCCCCUGUGUGCUGCUGUCUUCAAUGACCCUGCUCAUCUUUGUGCUGCCUGCUGACUCUGGGGAGAAGAUCUCACUGGGUAUCACAGUGCUGCUGUCUCUUACCGUUUUCAUGUUGCUGGUGGCAGAGAUCAUGCCAGCCACAUCUGACUCCAUCCCUCUUAUAGGUCAGUACUUUGCCAGUAUAAUGAUCAUCGUUGGGAUGUCAGUCAUUGCCACAGUGGUGGUUCUGCAGUAUCAUCACCACGAUCCAAACGGAGGAAACAUGCCAAAAUGGGUGCAGCUCGUCUUGUUGCAGUGGGUUGCGUGGUUCUUGCGAAUGAAGCGUCCAGGGGAGAGCGAUGACCCAGAGCGGCCCCCUUGUGCCCCGCACCUGCGGCGUUGCUCCUCAGGCUCCCAGAGCGGGAGCAUCCCCCACCCACCAGACCCCACCCUCCACCCGCUGCACCCACAGAACCUGGCUCCUCUCCAAACAGGUCCGCUCCACGCAGGGCACCCGCACCUUCAUGCCCAGACCAGCGCCAACAACAACGGCAACCUUCUUUAUAUGGGCUUCCAGACCUUGGAGGACCCCACUCUGCUCCCAGACCCUGUCCAGAGGAACAGCAUCUCGACAGGACCGCCUCGAGUGGCAGGAAGCCCGCCUCCACACCUGCCGACUCAGUUCUGCAGCUCCCCUCCACCCCCGACUCCUAAUAUAGACACUGUAGGCUGUCCCAGCACUGUCUCCAGUGGUGGGGGCUUUGGAGGUGGACCAGGAGGGGUUGGAGGGUGCUCGUCUGGUGGGAUAGGUGACCCCCAGCUGCAGGCUAUCCUGGAGGAGGUGCGUUACAUGGCGGACCGUUUCCGGGAGCAAGACGAGGCAGAAAGCAUGGCCGACCAGUGGAAAUUUGCAGCUGCUGUAAUUGACCGUCUAUGUCUGGUGGCAUUCAGUGUUUUCAACAUCAUAUGCACCAUUUCUAUCCUCAUGUCUGCUCCCAACUUUGUGGAAGCGAUUUCCAAGGACUUCGUUUGA